UUGGGGAGGCGACAGAACGUGAUUCUGUGGGCGCAGACACCCCGAUGGUGGCUUGCUCAGAGGGGAAAAGCAGAGAGGGAAGCGGGACCCGUCCUGUGCAAUCUCUAUUGUUUGAAACUUACUUUGUAUCAGAAAGUGAAGAUGAGCACGGAAAAGAAAUGGAGCAAGUUCAGUAGCUAUCCACUCUAACAUCUUAAUGAUAUCUUAAGGAAUCUUACAGUGCUUAUUUUGAAUUGAGAAAAUGACUGCAGAUAUAGAAGAAAGUUGUUGGAAAGGAAUACCUGUCAAAAAGUGGAACUUCCAAUAGUAUAAGAUAAAUAUACUUGUUAUGGUGCAAUUCUGGAGUGGAGUUAACCCUAUAGCACACAGGUAGCCCUCCAAGGAGAGAGAGGAAAAAAAAGCUUUCUGUUUUUCUAAAUUAUGGAAAUUUUUUGGAAGACGUGGACAUGGAUUCUGAGCCUAGUCAUGGUUUCAUCGGAAUUUCACAGUGACAGCAGGCUUUCAUACAGUUCUCAAGAGGAAUUCCUGUCUUACCUUGAACACUACCAGCUAACAAUCCCAAUAAGGGUUGAUCAAAAUGGAGCCUUCCUCAGCUUUACUGUGAAAAAUGUUAAACCCUCAAGAAGGAGAAGGAGCAUAGACCCUUAUGAUCAAGAACUGGCAGCAUCUAAAUUAUUUUUUAAACUUUCUGCCUAUGGCAAGCACUUUCAUUUAAACCUGACUCUCAAUACAGAUUUGGUGUCCAGACAUUUUACAGUGGAAUACUGGGGAAAAGAUGGUCCUCAGUGGAAGCAUGAUUUUUUAGACCACUGUCAUUACACGGGAUAUUUGCAAGACCAGCACACUACAACUAAAGUGGCUGUAAGCAACUGCAAUGGUCUGCAUGGAGUUAUUGCUACAGAAGAUGAAGAGUAUUUCAUUGAGCCUUUAAAGAAUAUAACAGCUAAUUCAAGUAACUUCAGUUACGAGAAUGGUCAUCCCCAUGUCAUAUACAAAAAGUCUACCAUGCGCCAGCAACUUCUGUAUGAUCAUAGUCGCUGUGGAGUUUCAGAAGACCUCACAAGAAGCAGUAAACCUUGGUGGAUGAGUGAUGGAUCUGCUUUUCCAACUUCACUUCCUGUCAAUGACACAUUAAGUAGUCAUAGUCGACAGAAGAGAUCAGUAAGCCUUGAGCGGUUUGUGGAGACGCUGGUAGUAGCCGACAAAAUGAUGGUGGGAUAUCAUGGUCGCAAAGACAUUGAACACUACAUUUUGAGUGUAAUGAAUAUUGUUGCCAAACUUUAUCGUGAUUCCAGUCUAGGAAACGUAGUGAAUAUAAUAGUGACACGUUUAAUUGUCCUCACUGAAGAUCAGCCAAACUUGGAGAUAAACCACCAUGCAGACAAGUCCCUCGAUAGCUUCUGUAAGUGGCAGAAAUCCAUUCUCUCCCACCAAAGUGAUGGAAACACCAUUCCAGAAAAUGGGAUUGCCCACCAUGAUAAUGCGGUUCUUAUUACUAGAUAUGAUAUCUGCACUUAUAAGAACAAACCAUGUGGAACUCUGGGCUUGGCCUCUGUGGCUGGAAUGUGUGAGCCUGAAAGGAGCUGCAGCAUUAAUGAAGACAUUGGCCUAGGUUCAGCUUUUACCAUUGCACAUGAGAUUGGUCACAAUUUUGGCAUGAACCAUGAUGGAAUAGGAAAUUCCUGUGGGACCAAAGGUCACGAAGCAGCAAAACUAAUGGCAGCUCAUAUUACAGCAAACACCAAUCCUUUCUCUUGGUCAGCCUGCAGUCGGGAUUAUAUCACCAGUUUUUUAGAUUCGGGCCGUGGUACUUGCCUUGAUAAUGAACCUCCCAAGCGUGACUUUCUUUAUCCAGCUGUGGCCCCAGGUCAGGUGUAUGAUGCUGAUGAACAAUGUCGCUUCCAGUAUGGAGCAACAUCCCGCCAAUGUAAAUAUGGGGAAGUGUGUAGAGAGCUCUGGUGUCUCAGCAAAAGUAACCGCUGUGUUACCAAUAGUAUUCCAGCAGCUGAAGGUACUCUUUGCCAAACAGGAAGCAUUGAAAAGGGGUGGUGCUAUCAGGGAGAGUGCGUUCCUUUUGGCACUUGGCCCCAGAGCAUAGAUGGGGACUGGGGUCCGUGGUCAAUAUGGGGAGAGUGCAGCAGGACCUGCGGUGGAGGAGUCUCCUCAUCAAUAAGACACUGUGACAGUCCAGCGCCUUCAGGUGGAGGCAAAUAUUGUCUUGGAGAAAGGAAGAGAUAUCGCUCCUGCAACACUGAUCCAUGUCCUGCAGGGGCCCGUGACUUUCGAGAAAAACAAUGUGCAGACUUUGACAAUAUGCCUUUCCGUGGAAAGUAUUAUAACUGGAAACCCUACACUGGAGGUGGGGUUAAACCAUGUGCAUUAAACUGCUUGGCUGAAGGUUAUAAUUUUUACACUGAACGUGCUCCUGCAGUAAUAGAUGGGACUCAGUGCAAUGCUGACUCACUGGAUAUCUGUAUCAAUGGAGAAUGCAAGCAUGUAGGUUGCGAUAAUAUUUUGGGAUCGGAUGCUAAGGAAGAUAGAUGUCGUGUUUGUGGAGGAGAUGGGAGUACAUGUGAAGCCAUUGAAGGUUUCUUCAAUGAUUCAUUGCCCAGAGGAGGCUACAUGGAAGUGAUUCAAAUUCCAAGAGGUUCAGUGCACAUUGAAAUAAGAGAAGUGGCAGUGUCCAAGAACUACAUUGCUCUAAAAUCUGAAGAGGAUGACUACUAUAUUAAUGGUGCCUGGACUAUUGACUGGCCAAGAAAAUUUGAUGUUGCUGGAACAGCUUUCCAUUACAAGAGGCCAACAGACGAACCAGAAUCUCUGGAAGCACUAGGCCCUACUUCGGAAAAUCUCAUAGUCAUGAUUCUGCUACAGGAACAAAAUUUGGGUAUAAGGUAUAAAUUCAAUGUUCCCAUCUCUCGCACUGGCAGUGGAGACAAUGAAGUUGGCUUUGCGUGGAAUCAUCUGCCUUGGUCAGAAUGUUCUGCCACUUGUGCUGGAGGUGUGCAGAAACAAGAGAUGGUGUGUAAAAGGUUGGAUGACAACUCUGUUGUACAAAACAACUACUGUGAUCCUGACAGUAAGCCUCCAGAAAACCAAAGAGCCUGCAACACUGAGCCUUGCCCACCUGAAUGGUUUAUAGGAGAUUGGUCAGAAUGCAGUAAGACCUGUGAUGGAGGAGUGCGUUCACGAACAGUUCUCUGUAUCAGAAAGAUUGGACCUUCUGAGGAAGAGACACUGGACAAUACCAACUGUUUAACACACCGGCCUAUUGAGAAAGAGCCCUGUAACAAUCAGUCCUGUCCCCCACAGUGGGUCGCUUUGGACUGGUCAGAAUGCACACCAAAAUGUGGCCCCGGAUUUAAACAUCGAAUUGUUCUGUGCAAAAGCAGCGAUCUUUUAAAAACUUUUCCAGCUGCUCAGUGCCAAGAGGAGAGCAAACCUCCAGUCCGCAUCCGCUGUAGUUUAGGUCGUUGUCCUCCUCCUCGCUGGGUUACUGGAGACUGGGGACAGUGUUCUGCACAGUGUGGUCUUGGGCAACAGAUGCGAACAGUACAGUGCCUCUCGUACACCGGACAAGCAUCCAGUGAGUGUUCAGAAACACACAGACCUCCAUCAAUGCAACAGUGUGAAAGUAAAUGUGACAGUACUCCCAUUUCCAACACAGAAGAGUGCAAAGAUGUGAACAAAGUGGCAUAUUGCCCACUGGUGCUGAAGUUCAAGUUCUGCAGUCGUGCAUACUUCAGACAGAUGUGCUGCAAGACCUGCCAAGGACACUGACCCACAGAAAGCAUGAGAAUGUGCCUUGUUAUUAUCAUUGUGGAAGAGUGUCUAUUGAAGAGAGCCACACAGCGGAGUAAGAUUGACGUCCUUGGAAAUGCAUUACCCUGUGGAAAACGUAACCACUGGUCAGCCCCAGCUGACAGGAUUUCAAUAUUAUUUUAACUUCUGUGAAGUGGGAUUUAUUCAUCCAAAGUGCUGGACACAGUAUAAGGAGGGCAUGCCAAAUUGGAAAGAUCCGCAUAACACAUAUAGAAUAGCUUACUGUGGAACAUUUGUGUUCUUUUGACUCAAUCCAAUAGUCUGUUUACCUCCUUGGACCAUUAAAAUAAUUUUUAUUAUGGACUUAGCGAUGACACUGAAUCCAUUUGUAUUUAAAACUGUUUAAAAUGUAGCUGUUAUGACUUGGUCUACUAUGGAAGUAAAGAAGAAUCAAAAAAAUGUUAAGUCAUAGCUUAAAAAUGAAAACUAUUUUAUCUCGUGACACAGCACCACAAUUUAAAUUAUAGAAUGAGUUUGGAAAUGUUAUUUAAGGAGCAGAAAUUUUAAAAAAAAAACACAUAUUUUUUCCCUCAUUCCAUCUAAUUCCCUUUGGAGUAAUCCAUAUUUCCUGAACACUGCUGUGAACCACAUAUAAAGCUAUACUCAGUAGAACAACCAUGAGGGAUUUUAUUUUAAAAGGUGCAACAGUUAUUGCAGUGGUGCAUAAAGUACAAGUAUGCUAUGAAAUGAAAUGAAAUCUGUGUUGCAGUUUUAUAACGUUUGUACGAGCAAAACCAAGGUGUCCACUAAAAGGGAACAUAUUUCAAUUCCAUGGGGGAGGCAGACUCCAAUAGUAGUGAAGACUGUAUUGCCAACUCUUUCACUACUACUGUACAGCUUGUUUAGAAUGUAAGACUUUGACUCCAGUGCACUUUUGUUUACAUCACUAUCCACAAAGAGGAAACAAUUUAGUGGGCAUCCAGAUCUGUUUUAUAUGUUAUUUUUGAUUCUCCAAGACCAAGAAGUAUCAGUGUGAAAGAUAAGCCUACUGUGUAAUAACAACGAUCCUUUGCAAAACUGAAAGUUAAAUGGAUUCCAGAUGUUCCCUUCUUUGAUACUGUAAUGGAAGGGUAUUUGUUUAUGAGGAAGAAUAUGUGAGUCUGCUGUUCAGGAGACCAUAUCAUAGUAGACAAGGUUACAACCAAAGACUUGUGGGGAUAUAUAGAUUCUGUUAAAAUGAGAAGUCAGGAAUGUGCUUGAGCUGGGGUACAUGCCAGGCUAUUAGGGGUAAGGCACACUGGAAAAGGGGUGGCUAGAAAUAAGUCUGGCCACCUUGACCUGAAUGGCCAAGUACACAUUUCAAGCUGGAUCAUAUUUAAAGCUUGAGGCAGCUUUCAGUAUGAGACUGGAAGAAAGUCCUGUCUCUGGAUUAGUAGCUAGAUUCCAUAUGAUUUUAACUAUUUCAACUAUUCUGCUGCCAUAAUCCACUUCGUAUAAACAUAAUUUUAAUACUCACCAUUUACCUUACAUUUUUAAAUGUGAAACCAAACUACUUAGGCAGUUCAUAUUCAAGAAUCUACCAUUAGAAAAGCAAAAUGUCAAUCAUACUCUUCUUCCCUUCACUUCUCAGUUACAGACUCAACAAGGAGAUAAAAAAGUGGGUACUAGUUUAUAUUAAUAUGUUGUACUUGAACACUUGCAGUUUGCAGCAGGUACUUGAUGAAUGUGCUUUUUGUGUCCAACUAUGUCUCCUUUGUUGUAGUGCAAUUAAAAUAAAAUGAACAAUAACGUGUUACAAAUUCUAACUCAAAUAGCACUUUUUAAAAACAAGUACACUUUUCAGUGAAAAAUAAUUUCAGAAUAUGACGAGAUUGAAGUGUAUCAGUGUAUUUUACCAAUAACAAGCCAAAAGUGUUGCACAGUAUUUACUAAUGUGAAUUAACAUGAAGAAGUAGAUACUAUUAAGAGAACUCAUACCAUGAAAUCCCCCUAAUAUACUGACAAUCUCUCAGUGGGGUUUUGUGUAAUCCACAUAUUCAUUACCACAAAAAUUUUGUCAUCUGCUACCUCUUGCCAGUAUUUUCAUUUUGUUAUGCCUGUGACCAGUGGAACUCAUUUUCAGUUGGCUUGCCUUUAUUCAUGUAUGCUUAUCUGCUGCUCUCAUCACUAUGUAAACAACUCCUGUUAAAACUGACACCAGUAAACAGCCUUGGGAGUUGCACAUACGGAUCAGGGGCAGUUUGUAGUCCUUCUCAGUUAAAUGAAUCAAUUUUCUACAUUCUUUUGACAAAACACCUUGGUGCUAGCAUGCCCUGGUUAAGUCAAAAUACAAUAAAAGGGAAAGGCAUUGCUAUGGCAUUCUCUAAGCAAGAGGCCUCUCUGUAUCAGGGUCCGGUUUUCUCCAGGGCAUGAUUGUGUUUAUCAGAUAAUGUGUCUUUUCAGUUAACAAGAAAAGGGCUUUUUAUAUAUAUAUUUUUUACCUCACCUAAGACAUGAAUAUGGUAAGGAGUGUUUCCAAAGACACAUUUUGCUCUCUUACUGGUGCUAGAACACUAGGGAGUCCCAUGUUUACUCAGUGUAACAGCUCUGAGGCUGGAAUUUAAAGAACUCCCUGGAGCAACAUUGCAUUGUAUUGUUAAAGGGAACAAAACAGAAUGUAUGUGGAUUUACAAACUAAGCAACACUUCAGACAAAUUAAAAAAAAAAAAUAAUUGGUUUCCACAGCACAGUUCAUUGCUGCUGCUACGCUGUAGCCAACUAUGUAAUCUAAGCUAAAUAGUGUUAUAUUCCUAAAUAGUGACAAUAGGACUAUUUGUACAGGCUAUAAAUAUGACAGGCCUAGAAUCAAAUAGUAGAACAUUAAAUACAGAAAUCAGUCUGCUGCCAGUACUUUCACUGAGCAAUUCUAUCAGAUGAAGAAGAUCAAAACAAAGAAAAAUCUACAGAUUGACCCCUUAAGGUGUGUACACCCCAAAAUAGGCCAUUUUGUUAGGAACUUUGUAAUGGAGUGAAUGUUACAUAGAUAUCCUUAAUAAUACAGACUGAAAUUACUUUGUAUUAUUGUGAUUAGUUGCUUAUUAUUUUAUACUCAGUAUUAAUGU